GCAGGCGGCGGCGCGAUGGCGGCGGCUGCUGUGUCCGAUCCCUGGCCGGAGCUGGAGCUUGCGGAGCGUGAGCGGCGGCGCGAGCUGCUGCUGACGGGCCCGGGGCUGGAGGAGCGGGUGCGGGCGGCGGGCGGGCGGCUGCCUCCACGGCUCUUCACGCUGCCGCUGCUGCACUACCUGGAGGUGAGCGGCUGUGGCAGCCUGCGCGCGCCGGGGCCGGGCCUGGCGCAGGGCCUGCCGCAGCUGCACAGCCUCGUGCUGCGGCGCAACGCGCUGGGGCCCGGCCUGAGCCCUGAGCUGGGCCCGCUGCUAGCGCUGCGCGUGCUCGACCUGUCGGGCAACGCGCUGGAGGCGCUGCCGCCGGGCCAGGGCCUGGGCCCCGCGGAGCCGCCGGGGCUGCCACAGCUGCAGAGCCUCAACCUCAGCGGCAACCGGCUGCGCGAGCUGCCCGCCGACCUGGCGCGCUGCGCCCCGCGCCUGCAGAGCCUCAACCUCACCGGCAACUGCCUGGACGCCUUCCCCGCCGCGCUCUUCAGCCCCGGCGCGCUGCCCCUGCUCAGCGAGUUGGCGGCCGCAGACAACUGCCUGCGAGAGCUCAGCCCCGACAUCGCGCACCUGGCCUCGCUCAAGGUGCCCGUCGUGGGAGCCCGUGCACAGGUCCUCUCCAGCUUGGCCAGUGUGCUGCCUUUCUCUCUGCAGACCCUGGAUCUCUCCAACAACCAGCUAAGCGAGAUCCCUGCUGAGCUGGCCGACUGCCCCAAGCUCAAGGAGGUCAACUUCCGAGGAAACAAGCUUCGAGACAAGCGCCUGGAGAAGAUGGUCAGCGGCUGCCAGACUAAGUCCAUCCUGGAGUACCUGCGUGUUGGCGGCCGGGGCUGCGGCCGGGGCAAGGGCAGGGCAGAGGGUGCUGAGAAGGAAGACGGCGGGAAGAAGAGGCGGGAGCGGAAGCAGAGGCGGGAGAGUGGCGAGGGGGAGGAGGAGGCCACCGAUGCCGCCAGGCUGCUGCUCAGGGUCCUCCAUGUCUCUGAAAACCCCUCGCCCCUGACGGUCAGAGUGAGCCCCGAGGUUAGGGACGUGCGGCCGUACAUCGUGGGGGCUGUCGUGCGGGGCAUGGACCUACGGCCCGGAAAUGCACUCAAGCGCUUCCUGACCUCCCAGACCAGACUCCAUGAAGACCUCUGUGGGAAGAGGACGGCAGCCACCAUUGCCACCCAUGACCUGCGUGCCCUGCGGGGACCCUUGCUGUAUGCCACUCGGCCACCCCAGGACCUCAAGAUUGUCCCCUUGGGGCGGAAGGAAGCCAAGGCCAAGGAGCUGGUGCGGCAGCUGCAGCUGGAGGCUGAGGAGCAGCGGAAGCAGAAGAAGAGGCAGAGCGUCUCGGGGCUGCACCGGUACCUUCACUUACUGGACGGGAAGGAGAAUUACCCUUGUCUCAUGGACGCAGACGGAGAUGUGAUUUCUUUCCCACCAAUAACGAACAGUGAGAAGACAAAGAUUAAGAAGACGACUAGUGAUCUGUUCUUGGAAGUGACCAGUGCCACUAGUCUGCAGAUUUGCAAAGAUGUCAUGGACACCCUCAUUCUGAAAAUGGCAGAAAUGAACAAAUACACUUCAGAAAAUAAAGAGGAAGGAUCACUCUCGGAUACGGAAGCUGAUGCAAUUUCUGGACAACUCUCAGAUCCUCAAGUGAAUCCUGGUGCUGGGAAGGAUGGACAGUCCCCCCUGGUGGUGGAGCAGGUCCGCGUGGUGGACCUGGAGGGGAGCUUAAAGGUGGUGUACCCGUCCAAGGCUGACCUGGCUGCAGCUCCUCCCCAUGUUACCGUCCUUCGCUGACAGGCCAAACUGGGCUCAGGCCACCAGGCCAUCCGUCGCGUGUGCCUGGUUUUACGGGGUUUGUGAGUGACGCUAAGUUAUUCAGUAUGUUCCCACCUCCGUGUUGUUAGGUGUGUCUUUGUUUGCUUUAUCCAGUGAUUCUGUUGUAAAGUGAUGGCUGUGUUGUCUUCACAACACUAAACUGAUGUUGCAGGUUUUCAUGGAAUUGUUCAAAUACCAGAAGUAGCUACUCAGCAUGUUCCAAAUCAUGCAGGCCCACUGAGACCCUGGGAUUGGUGUGAGUAUGCCAAAGUCAGUUGGACAGCUGGUCAACAUGCGUUUAACUGAACUGCAGUUAUUUUUCUAUGAUGUAGUCUUUCUAAGUCAUUUUGGGCCAGUAGUGCCAGAAUGUCAUGUUUUCCAGCUUACAUGACUUUAAUCUUUUUAUUUAAAGGGGAAAAAAAAAGUUUUUUAAACACAAAUUUAGAACAAGCAGUGUUUUUUCUCAGUGUUGGCUGGUGGGGCGCCUGACGGCUGUGAGCUAUACGGGACCUUCAGGAUCAGCAGCCCCAGGUCUGUGGGCUCUGCACAGCUGGGACAGGAAAGGUGGGGUGAAUGGGGGCUGGUCAUCGUUGGUGCAGCAGCACUACAGCUAUGGACAGCUGUCAUACCUAGCCCUAGAGGAAUGUGGGGCGUGGGUGGGCAUAUAGGACAGCUCUGUUCAUGAGCCGUCAGUGGUCCCUGGCCUGCUAAAGGGCAUGGGCGGUGACCAGAGAAGGCAUCAUAAAGUUCUAGCGUCGGAUGAGUGGCUUCCCGUGUCGGGCCUUCAGGUGGGUUCUGUUGUGAAGGCUGUUUCAUGUGUGGGUUUAUUGCCUGGCACAUGCACACCCUCCCUGGAGCCAGAGUGCUUGGUCCAGAGGUCCUGUGGCCUCACUGCUCGGUUCUGGCUGAGGAGCAGCACCUGACACAUCAGCAUCUUAUUUCAUGAUACUUCUUUUGGUAGCCUUUGACAUAAGGGACAGUUUUUCUCUCACGGAGGAGACUGGUGAUUUUUUUGGAGGAUUUGUAGGAAACCCAAGGUCCCUCCAGGUGGGUUCCUAACAAAGGUGGGUGGCUCCAGAGCUUAGAGGCAUGAGCUGGCUGCCUUACAGCUCCAGCCCAGCUGGCCAGUCCACCAGGCUCAGGCUAAUCCAGUGGCCAGGCUGGCUACAGUGGGCUUGCAGACCAUAGCUUUCCCUUGGGGCCUGUCCUCCCAAAGCCUGUGUCACACCUGUGUCAAUGGCCCUGCAUGUGGUCUCAUGAGUCGCUGUCAGGCCAUCAAGGCUGCUGGGGUGUGUUUAGCAAGGGUUCUGACCUGCUAGGAGGCCCAGGAGAGCUGCCUUGACUCCCCAGGCUGCUGAGGACGCAGCCGAGUACCAUGAGGUUUGGAGUGUUCAGAGGAAGUUUGUCCGACACCGUCCUUGCCUGGCCAUCUCUAAUAAAACAUUUCCUAAGAAA